GCUCCCGGUCCUUCCACCAUGCACUUGCUGGGCUUCUUGGCUCUGGCGUGUUCCCUGCUCGCCGCUGCGCUGAUCCCGGGUCCCCGCGAGGCGCCCGCCACCGCCGCCGCUUUCGAGUCGGGACUGGGCUUCUCGGAAGCGGAGCCCGACGGGGGCGAGGUCAAGGCUUUCGCAGGCAAAGACCUGGAGGAGCAGCUUCGGGCAGUAUCCAGUGUAGAUGAGCUCAUGUCGGUCCUGUACCCAGACUACUGGAAAAUGUACAAGUGCCAGCUGAGGAAAGGCGGCUGGCAGCAGCCUACCCUCAACACAAGGACAGGGGACACUGUCAAAUUUGCUGCUGCACACUAUAACACAGAGAUCCUGAAAAGUAUUGAUAAUGAGUGGAGAAAGACUCAAUGCAUGCCACGUGAGGUGUGUAUAGAUGUGGGGAAGGAGUUUGGAGCAGCCACAAACACCUUCUUUAAACCUCCAUGUGUGUCCGUCUACAGAUGUGGGGGCUGCUGCAACAGCGAGGGGCUGCAAUGCAUGAACACCAGCACAGGUUACCUCAGCAAGACGUUGUUUGAAAUUACAGUGCCUCUCUCUCAAGGCCCCAAACCAGUCACAAUCAGUUUUGCCAAUCAUACUUCCUGCCGAUGCAUGUCUAAACUGGACGUUUACAGACAAGUUCAUUCCAUUAUUAGACGUUCUCUGCCAACAACACUAUCGCAGUGUCAAGCAGUCAACAAAACUUGUCCUGCAAACUAUGUGUGGAAUAACUACAUGUGCCGAUGCCUGGCCCAGCAGGAUUUUAUCUUUUAUUCAAAUGCUGAGGGUGACUCCACCAAUGGAUUCCAUGAUGUUUGUGGACCCAACAAGGAGCUGGAUGAAGAUACCUGCCAGUGUGUCUGCAAAGGUGGCCUUCGGCCAUCCAGCUGUGGACCCCACAAAGAACUGGACAGAAACUCAUGCCAGUGUGUCUGUAAAAACAAACUUUCCCCCAGCUCAUGUGGAGCCAACAGAGAAUUUGAUGAAAACACAUGCCAGUGUGUAUGUAAAAGAACCUGUCCUAGAAAUCAACCCCUGAAUCCUGGGAAAUGUGCCUGUGAAUGUACAGAAAACACACAGAAGUGCUUCCUAAAAGGGAAGAAAUUCCACCAUCAAACUUGCAGUUGUUACAGACGACCUUGUACAAACCGACUGAAGCACUGUGACCCGGGACUGUCAUUUAGUGAAGAAGUUUGUCGCUGUGUCCCAUCAUAUUGGAAAAGACCACAUAUGAGCUAAGAUCAUACCAAUUUUCAGUUCAUCAUUUUACUGUCUUGAAAAACUGUUGCCCCGAUAGAACUGUUUAUGCACAGAAAGACUCUGUGGGACCACAGUCACAGAGGCCCAAGUCUGUGUUUCCUGAACCAUGUGGAGAGAUGCAGGAACGGACUGGCGCUCUUGGGAAAAGGCUUCUUCAAAGCCUCCUCUUCUACCGGUUACAGACAGCCGAGGGUUUUCUCUUGUGAUUUAAAAAGAAAAAGAAAAAAAAAAGAAUGACUAUAUAAUUUAUUUCCACUAAAAAUAUUGUUCCUGCAUUCAUUUUUAUAGCAAUAACAAUUGGUAAAGCUCACUGUGAUCAGUAUUUUUAUA